AACCUUUCUUAGAGAGAAGGCAAGCCCAAGUCUCAGAGAGCGGUCCUCACUGGUCUGCUGUGCUUGGGGGCCAGGACUGGUGGGGCUGUGGGUGGAGGAUAGGGUGUGAGAGACAGAGCGACAGAAAGGGAACUCGCUCUUUGAAGCCUGAGUUGCUUUCCCUGAGCUGGGCUGCUUGGGGACAACUUCACUGGGCAAAGGCGGACUCAGCCGGAGUGCUAGGAAAUGGGGCUCAGGAAGAGGCCCUGGGCACCCUGCUGAGCAUCCUGGGGGCAGGGUUUGCACCAGUGGGGAUCCCCUUGGCUCCCUGACCCCAGGGUGGACCACCACAUGCUUCUCUGUUGCAUGAGGACUGGCUGGAGAUAGAGCCUUGAUUUUCCACACCACUAGGAUGGAAAGAGCUGAGUCUCUCACCCUCUUCUGGACCCGGGGAGCUGCAGCUAACUCGGGUCGGGAAAAUGCGACAGCGACUGCCCACUCGAGGUCGUCAUGGCGACAGCCAGUGAACGUGUUCCUCUCCUCAGGCAGGCCCCCGAGUGUAGAGGAGCUGCUUCGCGAGGCGCAGCUCAAUCUCCAGAGCCUGUUGCAAGAAGAAUAUGAGGAACAGUACUCAGAGGCCAGACUUCUGGGGCAGACCUUCCGCUCUUCUGAUGAGGCCCCUGAACCCACCCCCAGCCCAAGGCUCCAGUCUGCCAGGCGUCUGGAGUUUGUGUUGAUGCCUGCAAAACGGCAGCUGAGUGAGGAUGAGACUACCACCCAGGGUGUGAGGGCCCCCAAGGCCACCCUGAGCCUGUCUGCAACCGACAAGCAAACUGCCUGGAAUGGCCCCUUCCCUCUGCCCAGCCUAGAGGAGAAGCGGUGGCUUCCACCUUGCUCCACGCAGUCUGACCUUGUGCCCAUCAACAUUUCUGGGCAGCAGUUUGAUAAACAUGCAAGUUUGCGACACUCGCUGUUUAACACAGAGACAGCCGUGAACCCCAAGUCCACCCUGAGGAGGAGGCGGACCAUUAUUGGAUUCUCUAACUAUUCCCAGCGAGACCAAGGUCACAGCAGCAGCCCAGCAGGCAGUGCGGCUCGCUCUACCACCUCAGACACCAGGCCCAGCCAUUCUACUCCACAAGUCAUUCAUGGAAGAGUUACCAUUGGGCAGGAAACUCGGAUUCCAAAGCUCACCUCACCAGUGCUGAAAAAUCUUUCCAGUGAGCCUGAGGACCCUCACCAGGCACACAGUGGCCUAGAUCCCCCUGGCAUGGAGAGCGUGGGAAUGGUGUACAGUGUCCCCAGCUCUUGCAAUGGGCCAACAGAAUCGACGUUCUCCACUUCCCGGAAGGGAGAUGCCUUCACUUACAUGACUCCAAGUGCAAUCAACCAGAGCAACCAAGUCAAUGAAAGUGGGAAAAGUCCUUCCUCGGGAAAUUCUUGGGUCUCUGUGAACACACUCCCACCUCUUGUUCCUAAAGAGGCAGCUACUCUCUUUGUUACCCGUGAUAAUCCAGCAGGAUGUAGUAGCACAGCCAGCUACCCUGAGCACCCCACCCAACGAAGGCAAGUACCAGAAAGAUCCCACAAGAUUGGUCUUCUGGCUGGUGGUACCCUGAGGCUGGAGACAGGCCCAGGUGGGGCCAGCAGAUUCCGGGAGCGGUCUCUGUCCGUGCCCACAGAUUCAGGCACCACAGAUGAGGAGUAUGAUGAGGAGCAGAAGGCCAGUGAGGCUCGUGCCCUGCCUUAUGCCAGUACAAGCUCUGAGGGCAGCAACAGUGCUGACAACAUUGCCUCCCUCAGUGCUGAGCAGGAGGCCCGGCACCAAAGGCAGAGGUCCAAGAGCAUCUCCCUCAGGAAAGCCAAGAAGAAGCCUUCCCCACCGACCCGCAGUGUCUCACUGGUCAAAGACGAGCCAGUCCUCUUGCCAGAAGAUGGGUCUGCAUUGCCUAAAGACCAAAGGCCAAGGAGCCUUUGCCUUUCCUUGGAACAUCAAGGACAUCACUCAUCCCACCCAGACACUCAGGGUCACCCAGCUGCGCCAACCUUCAAAGAUCCAGAAGGUACACAGUUCUCCCAUCACUGGUAUCUAACUGACUGGAAGUCUGGUGACACCUACCAAUCCUUGUCCAGCUCUAGCACUGCCACUGGCACCACAGUUAUUGAGUGCACCCAAGUUCAAGGAAGCUCAGAGUCCCUUGCCUCUCCUUCCACCUCCAGAGCCACUACACCUUCCCAACUCUCCAUUGAGGUGGAGGCCAGGGAGGUCUCCUCUCCAGGAAGGCCCACUGGACUGAUGUCACCCUCCAGUGGAUACUCCAGCCAGUCUGAGACUCCAACACCCACUGUCUCUAUGUCCUUGACCCUGGGCCACUUACCCCCACCAAGCAGCAGUGUCAGGGUACGUCCAGUGGUACCUGAAAGGAAAUCAUCACUACCCCCAACAUCACCAAUGGAGAAAAUGGCCAAGUCACGGCUGUCAUUUGACCUACCACUGACCUCUUCAACCACCUUGGAUCUGUCUGGGCUGAGUAUAUCCAUCCGCAGCAAAACCAAGGUGAGCCGCCAUCACUCAGAUGCCAAUUUUGGGGCCAAGCUGGCACAGAAAACUAGCCCCAACCAGCCGAUCAUGCCCAUGGUUACUCAGUCUGACCUACGUUCUGUUCGCCUACGAUCAGUCAGUAAGUCUGAGCCAGAAGAUGACACUGAGAGCCCAGACUACACUGAAGAACCUGGAGCAGAAGAAGUCUUUGCCUUGCCAGAGAGAAAAGUGAAACCCCCCAUAGCUGAGAAGCCUCCACUGGCCCGAAGGCCUCCAAGCUUGAUCCACAAGCCACCGUCUGUCCCUGAGGAAUACCCACUAAUUUUGCCUACCUUGCCCACGGCCCCCAAGAGUACCAUUCACCACGUGAAGCCACUCCAAGAAAGCCACACAGUGAUGCGAAAACCAAAGCCCCCCAGCUUCCCAGAUGGCAGAAGCCUAGGAGAGUCAGCAACGCCCUCAUCUCUUGUCCUCACGCCUUUUGCAAGUUCCUCUGGUGCUUUCUUCUCAGGAACACAGCAGCCUCCCCGAGGAAGUAUGGAGGAUGAGGGCCCCAAGGGGAGAGCCUUGCCAGAAAGAAUUAGCCUCCAGAGCCAGGAAGAAGCUGAGAAAAAGAUAGGCAAGAUUCCACCUCCUGUACCAAAAAAGCCCAGUGUGCUCUACCUGCCUCUUGCCUCCCCUGGAGCUCAGAUGGAGCCCCCCAUGGCAGAAGCAAGGCUGCUUCUCAGCCCCAUCAUCACCCUGGAGGAAGAUGCCAAAUGUCCUGCCACCAGCAGUGACCUGCAGUUACCUGGUAAGAGGACGACCUCAGCUCCACAGAUGGACAGUGGAAAGGAGGCAAGCUCUCCAGGGAGUUCUGUGGAACCGAGUGCUGAAGAGAAAAGUUUAAUCAGUGAUAAAACAGCCGAAUGGAUUGCGGAGGAGGAGGAUGAUGUCUUUGUGGCUUCACGCACAACUGAAGAUUUAUUUACUGUGAUUCACAGGUCCAAGAGAAAGCUGCUUGGCUUUGCAGGAGGCCGGCCGAGCUCUCACUCGCCAGGAAAGAACACGGCCGAUUCUCCCAUUAGUGAGUCUGCCGCUGCCGCUGCCGCUGCCACCACCACCGCCUUGGGAUCAGGCAGCAGUUCCAGCCUCGACGCAGGCAGAAACGAGGAUUUCAAGGCCUUGCUCCAGAAGAAGGGAAGUAAGGCAACUCCAAGGUCCCGGCCCUCAGCAGCUGAACUGCUGAAGACCACUAACCCACUGGCACGGAGAAUCAUUGCCCAGUUUUCAAAUGACUGUGAAACCAACGAUAACCCCAGUUCUUAAGCCCUGGCUUCAACAAGCAGAGCUCACUUACUAAACUUGACAAGGGGAAUAGAAAGGCUUUGGGAAAGGAACCAUAGGAAUAACAAAAGAGCCUGCUUUUUUUGAU